AUGCAUCGUUCCAGUAACUCCAAGUCUUCGAAGGGUGCCCACAACCGGACUUCAAGCAAUAGUUCGGGAACCGGAAGUAUUUUUUCGAAUUUGAAGAAACUGACGGGUGGUAAUAAUAACGGUAACAAUGCCGAUAAAGACGCUAACUCGCACAAAGUAGACGUUUCAGAUGUUUCCUCACCGACUAGGAUUAGUCUUCCUAACGCAGGCGAGUUUUCUCACAAGCCGUUGAGUAAACAGCCAACGCUUAACUUGCCCAGUCUGUCAGCGUACACGGAUGCUGCCAACUCGCACAACCGAUCUUCCUCCAAUCUUUCCACGGGAUCCCCUACCAAAUAUUCAUAUUCUCGAAGAGCAUCUCAAUGGUCGAACAAUGUGCCCAAUGCCAACACUAACGGACCUAGACUUUCUCGUCAACAGACAAAUCAAAGUUUAUCAUCCGCCAGCAUUUUCUCCCAGGGUUCUAUUUCCAACCUAUCCAAAUUCAUGGCAUCAGAUGGGAGCAUACGACUAGAAAAGCCACGAGACCCUCGCGAAAUCGAAGAUCUAUUUGAAGAAGUACUGUACAAACGUAACGUCUACCAAAGUCUGCCGGCAGCUGCUCAAAAGGAACUGAACAGUUAUGAUCUAGACAAGAAGUGGCUGAUGGUGAAACAGGAUUUACAAUCUGAAUUAAAGAAACUCAAAAACAAGAAAAACAGCGGCAGGUCUCCGGCCGCUUCGAUUAUCGGCGCAGCCACCACAAGCAGCGAUUCAACACAGCCCUCAAACAUGAAUUUUGCCAACGCCGUCUCUAUAGACGAAAGUUUGGCAGGUGUUGAUCGCUCUAAGACAUCCCCUCUCGGCGCAGCCGAUCAAAUAUACGGUUCCAAGAACGGAAACUCGAGUACUAAUACGUUGUCUCAAGACCCAUCUCAUCUUCCUCCUGACUAUUAUGUCAGAAAAAUUAUUUGUAACGAUAUCACGGCCAAACGGUUGAAUGACCUUUGGGUCUCUCUGCGAACAGAGCAAUUGGACUGGGUUCUUGGGUUUUUGGAUGCGCAAGGGCAAGUAGCCAUUGCUAAUGUCAUAACCAAAACGUGUUAUAGAGAGUCUCCUGAAAACCUUUUAAGCGAUGAAGUUCUUGACAAGGAAUUUGCCUAUUUUAAGUGCCUAAAAACGAGUUUAAACUUGAAAGAAGGUGCAGAUGAAGCUGUUUUGUCCAGCAGCGCUAAGAUCAUCACCUCCUCUAUAGUGGAAGGGCUCUUAUCGCUACGCGUUGCCACGCGGCGAAUAGCUUCAGAGUUGUUGUUAUCUCUUAGUCAAUGGGCGGUACCGAAUGGUUUCAAUCAUAUCAUAAACUCCUUGGAACAAGAGUCCAGAUUUUGUGAUAACGUCCAUUUGCAAGCUCGUCUUUUAACGAAGUCGCCUAGUAAAAGUACAUCAGCGGAUCAGCUGUCAGAGGACAACAGAAAUCGCAUUAUGAAGAAGAUGGAGCAAUGGAUGCUGGUAGUUGAGUUCACACUUGAUGGGAGAGGAAAGAUGGGCUCUUUGGUUGGAGCUUCUGAUGAUUUCAAGACAUCGGGUGGCGAAAAUGCUAUUAUGGAAUACGCUUAUCUUACCUUAUUGCUUGUUAAUCAUUUGUGCAGAACGCCAAUUGAUGUUAAGCAACGGACCCUUGUCCGUUCCAGAUUAAAAAAUGCUGGACUUCCCAGAAUUUUGAACAAAAUGAAGCUAUUGAAUUAUGAAAAGGUUGAUCAAGAACUAACAAUAUUUGAAGAUAGCACCGCUGAUGACUUUGAUGCGUUAUAUGCACAUAACGCCAAUUUCAAGGGCAUAGAUAUGAAAGACCCUGUCUCAUUGGUACAAAGUCUCUGGAAUCUUUGCAAAGGUUCCGAGGAAGAGCAGCAUUUGACUUCCCUACUACAGAACCUACUGAUUGGUGCCGGCGAACUGGGGGCUAAAGAUAACGAAAAUCUACCUCAAAGAGCGAAACAGUUGAAGUUGGUUGAUGCGCUGGUUUCCAAUGUUUCAUUAGCUUCGGUGGAUGUCCAGUCCUCGUUCAACAGCGCUUUACAGAGACUUUACGAUGCGAUGCAAACAGAUGAGAUCGCGAGACGUGCCAUAAUAGAGAACAGAGACUGGGUCAAGCGCUAUGAAGAAAUGAAGGCAGAACGUGAUGGGUUGCAAACGAAGUUGGCAAGCGCUGAGGAUGGUCUAGUGGGCCAACUACAAGAAGAAUUGAGACAGCGAGACCGCAUUCUAGAAAAAGGUCAGCGGGUGACAUCUCAGUUACAACAAGACCUCGAUGACGUUAAAAAGAAGUUGUUACUUGCUAAGCACCAGCAUGAGGUCGAACUUCGAACUGCCCUCACGGCCUUGAACUCCCGUCCGGCGGGGACAGACGAUGCGAAAUCGAUAGUGGACACUGGUAACGCUCCUCAACGCCUUAAAUCGGAAAGAAAGGUGGCAAUACAGAAGGCUUUGCAGGCUAAACUUGAACUAACAUCUCAAGAGAUGAAUGUCGAGUCCAAAAGGCAUGGAAUUUCAGUAAAACCAAACAAGCGACUAAGAAUGUUACGGUCCCGCAUGGAAGAUAUUGAAAACCAGGCGCGGGAGCUCGAGAUGACCAACUUUUCCGAAUACCGCCAUGAAAGGCUUGAGACAGAAAGUGUGGAAGAUUCUUCAGUGCUGACCGAGGAACCCCAGACCGAUGCAGCUAGUGCUAAAAAUUCUGUCGUCAAGCUUCAAGAACUUCGCAGCAAGCUAGCACUGCUUCAAGAAGAAAGCAAUGAAAUUUCCAAAUUCAAUGUCGAGGGAAGAAUGAACGAAAUUUUUGGCGACCACAAGACUGCUGCACUUGACCGACUCAAGAAGCUCGAAAAUGAUUAUAAAGACUUUGGCAUACAUUUCAAUCCAGACUCAUUAGAGAAAACACCUCGCGAAGAGCUUCUCGCUUCUUUCAGUCAGAAAAAUAGAACUUUGGAUCCCAAAGAAAUUCAGAGCCUGAAUGAAGAAGUUUCGACGAUUUUGACCGAUCUGGACGCCCUCAAGACAAGACAGUCAUUUAACGACAACGAUCAUUCAGAGCAGACAUCAACAUCAGAUUCCUCAGAAGAGGAGAAAGAGGAUUCUACAGCUGAUAGUAAUGAAGUGCCACCAACGUCCUUCCUGACAGGACUUUCUCAAAAGUACGGCACUGGGGCUGGGUCCCAACCCAACAAUCGAUCAUCCGCGGCAGCUCGAGAUUCGACAUAUCCUGGGAGCGGGUAUCACAGGAAGUCAUUCAUGAAUAGGGUCAAAAGGUCAGAUCCUAUCCCAUACUUAAACGAAUUGUCAGGAAAAUUUGAUCUCUCCACCAGUCAUUCACAGGACGAUAAAUCUGCCAAUGAAAAUAAGAUUGGAAUCGGAAUAGUGAUGAACCAAAAGCAUAUUUCUGCCUCAACGGAUUCCUCACAUUCAACCGCACCAUCUGUUAGGGCUGGUGAUGGUGCCGCGAUAAUAACAGAUUCUUCGACUCGCACAUCUGGCUCUGGGUCUGAUAGCGUCAAAGUUAGUAUUUCUGGUGAAAAAUGCGAGCAGGAACCUGAAGUUAUAAAUCGGGAAAUUCUUUCAUCCUCGCAAAGAUCGUCAGCAUCACAAACUAGUCCGCCGCCUCCGCCGCCUCCACCGCCUCCACCUCUGCAGCUAUUUGCUCAGCAGGGAAGCCUAGUUAUCAAGAAAACGACCGAGGAGGAACCUGCAGUUACCAAAUCCACGGUCAGCAGGGCAGCUUUCGCAAACGGUCUUCCGCCACCUCCUCCACCGCCAUUGCCUCCUUCUAUGGUUACUUCACCGUCUGCUGAUAAAGGUGGAGCACCCUUACCUCCGCCCCCACCUCCACCACCUCCCUCUCUUUUCAAUUCAACAAGCAAGGCUCCUAGUGGUGGGCCCCCCCCACCACCACCACCGCCACCACCUUUCGGCGGAUUGCAGUCUACUGCUAAAACUGCCGCGCCUUCUCCUUUGCUUCCUCAGUCACCAUCCUUAUUCGAAAAUUAUCCUCGUCCUACGAAAAGACUGAAGCAGCUGCAUUGGGAGAAGAUCGACGAUGCCGAAGAUUCCAUCUGGAAACACGCAAAGGCUGAGAAAUUUGCGGAUGACUUGUACGAGAAGGGUGUCCUUUCGAAAUUAGAAAAGGCCUUCGCCGCCAGGGAGAUCAAGUCUUUGGCGAGUCGAAAGAAGAAGGACGCUGAAAAGAUAUCAUUUCUCUCUAGAGACGUUUCGCAGCAAUUUGGUAUUAACUUGCACAUGUAUUCGUCGCUAACUGUUCAAGAACUAGUCACAAAGGUUCUCAAGUGUGAGAGAGACUUUUUGUCGACCCCAAGCGUUAUCGAAUUCCUUUCGAAACAGGAAAUCGUAGAGGUCUCGAAUAACUUGGCCAGGAAUUUUGCUCCGUACACUGUCGAUUGGGAGGGUGUGAAAUCUAUUGACGAGUCAAAACCGCCAGAGAAGGAUCCUUCGGAACUUCAAAGGGCCGAUCAAAUUUAUUUGGAAUUAUUCGUCAAUCUGCAGAGUUAUUGGCCCUCACGGAUGCGUGCUCUAAAAGUUAUAACAACUUAUGAAAGGGAAUAUAACGAGUUGGUCGAGAAACUGAGAUUGAUUGAUAGGGCUACGUGCGCGAUUCAGCAAUCUGAAAGCCUACGUAGCAUUCUCGACAUUAUUUUAGCAGUGGGAAAUUUCAUGAAUGAUUGUUCAAAGCAAGCGCAGGGAUUCCGUCUCGCGACGUUGCAAAGGCUCACUUUUAUCAAAGACGAGAAGAACAGCAUGACAUUUUUACACUACGUCGAAAAGAUUAUACGGGAAACGUAUCCCGAAUUCAAUACCUUCAUUCAGGAUCUGGAACCAGUCACUGCUGCCGUCAAAAUCUCAAUCGAACAAGUUGCUCAGGAGUGCACUGGCUUUUCUCAAGCCGUUUUGAAUGUCGAAAGAUCUCUUGACAUAGGCAAUCUCAGCGAUCCCCUCAAAUUUCAUCCUAAUGAUAGAGUCGUUAUGAAGAUUUUACCAGUUCUUCCAGAGGCGAAGAAGAAGGGUGAGUUGUUAGUAGACGAAAUGAAAUUAACGAUUUUGGAGUUUGAUAAUUUGAUGAAGUUAUUCGGCGAAGAUCCUGUCGAUAAGUUUUCUAAAAACUCGUUCUUCAAGAAGUUUGCAGAUUUCUUACUAGAGUACAAAAAAGCGCAAAGCUUCAACCUCAAGAUUGAAGAAGAGGAGAGGGCAUAUGAGAGGAGGAAAAAGAUGGUAGAAGAACAACAGAAACGAGCAGAAGGAAAAGACCUAAAGGGCGCGACGCAUAACAGUGACAACGAUGACGACAGCGACAAUUCUGGGGCAAACGGAGAUAGGUAUGUCAUGGAUAAGCUGCUGGAGAAACUCAAAAAUGCUGGCCCUGCUAAAAGUGAUCCAUCUUCUGCGAGGAAACGUGCUGUGGCUCGCCGCAAGCUUUUACAAAGCGGGUCUCAGAAUGCCACGAUCCUGGAUAACUUUGAGGCUGACGACUCGAAUGGCAAGCUGUUCUCAUCACCUUCUGGUGGUGACGUUGUCGUCGAGGACGGGGAGCUUGAGGCAUCUCCAACGCCGGAGCCCAGAUUGGAGCGGACUGUAUCCGAGAAAGGCACAGAAGCUGUUCCCAACCGGGCCAGAGAUCUCUUGUUUGAGCUGAGAGGCACCGGCUCACCAGGGAAUAGGUCAGCUGCAGAACACCGCAAAUCUCGUCUAAGAACGAGGAGAGCCAAAGAGAGCGUGGAUCUCUCAAAUGAUUCCGAAAACCGUUUGAGAUUCGUUGCCUCAGAAGUCAAAAAGAACACGUCAAGUGAAGCAGUUGACGAUGGUGACGACAGCCAAUACACAGACGCACACGACACAGACCAGGUAGCGAAUGGUGGGUCAAAUAGCGAUGGAAUUCCAAAUACCAAUGACACAUCACCACCAGAGACCAACACUCAUCAUACAACAAUCAAGGAGAACAACUCAGACUCUGAUAGUGCAGAAUAUCUAGAUGCGUAG